CUCAGCUGAAGCUCUCGUCUCUACGACACUGGGCUUCAUGCGGGUUGCUGGCACAGUGUUAGAAAAUCAGGGUGGAGCACAUCGGAGGCGAGUGAGUUUGUAUUUAUUGCGUCUCUUCAGCACUCCCAAGUGUCCGCCUUGUUUUCUCCUUUUUGUUGUUGCAUGUUUUCUUGUAAUCAGUGGAUGUGUGAUUGGGUGAUUGGGUGUAAGGGAAUUUGUGGACCGAGGGCUUACACUGGGACGAAUGCAAAUCAUCGCUGGGCUCACCAGGGUUGUGCACUGAAUCCGACAGCCGUAAUUUUGAGCAACCUUGUCGUGGUAUCGGAUAUAAAGGCUCGGUUAAAGCCAGGAUCCUUGGCUGAUUUACGUCCCCCAGCCACGCCUGUAAGGACCGCGUUGCAGCCGAUCAAGUGGAAUUAUGGGAUAUUGGUUGAAAUUGUUUAUUUUUGACAACAGUGUUGAAAAAUAACAACCGACUCUGUGCUCUCCUCUCAGAUGCAGUGUAGACUUGGGUGGUGACUGGUCUGCAGGCUCUCCACUUCUCUUGUCCCUGGAGUCAGGCAGCUAGGGGGAGGCAGAUUCCUGCAUUCCCCUUCACUCAGUCUGAGUCUUUUUGUCUGGACAAAACCAACUGCCCGCCACUGGAGUACACAGCUCAUCCUCGCCCGUGUUGCUUGGAUCAGCACAGCUCAUCUCCUGACUGAGGAGAGCGAAGCAGCUGCACAAGAUUCACCUUCUACCAACUGAUCCCUCCCGGCCCCGCCCACACUGCCCCGUCACCAUGGUGCUGUCACAACGGCAACGAGAUGAACUAAAUCGAGCGAUAGCCGAUUAUCUACGUUCCAAUGGAUAUGAAGAGGCAUAUUCCACUUUCAAGAAGGAGGCGGAAUUAGAUAAUAAUGAAGAAUUGGAUAAGAAGUACGCCGGCCUUUUGGAAAAAAAAUGGACUUCAGUCAUCAGAUUACAAAAGAAGGUGAUGGAACUUGAAUCCAAACUGAAUGAAGCGAAGGAGGAGAUCACUCUGGGUGGGCCCGUAACUCAGAAGCGCGACCCCAAAGAGUGGAUCCCACGCCCACCAGAAAGGUACGCGCUGAGUGGCCACCGCAGUCCAGUCACCCGCGUCAUCUUCCACCCAGUCUUCAGUGUCAUGGUGUCUGCUUCUGAGGACGCAACAAUAAAGGUGUGGGACUAUGAGACAGGAGACUUUGAACGCACACUGAAGGGCCACACAGAUUCGGUGCAGGACAUCUCUUUUGACCAGACUGGCAAACUGCUAGCAUCCUGCUCUGCAGACAUGACUAUCAAGUUGUGGGAUUUCCAAGGCUUUGAGUGUAUCAGGACCAUGCAUGGACAUGACCACAAUGUUUCGUCUGUAGCCAUCAUGCCCAAUGGAGAUCACAUCGUUUCUGCCUCAAGGGACAAAACCAUGAAAAUGUGGGAGGUGGCAACUGGCUACUGUGUGAAGACCUUCACGGGCCACAGGGAGUGGGUCCGCAUGGUGCGGCCCAACCAGGACGGCACACUGCUUGCAAGCUGCUCCAACGACCAAACGGUGCGCGUGUGGGUCGUGGCCUCCAAAGAGUGCAAGGCUGAGCUGCGAGAGCACGAACAUGUGGUGGAGUGUAUCUCUUGGGCACCGGAGAGCGCCUACCCCACCAUCCAAGACGCCACAGGCUCUGAGUCCAAGAAGAGUGGUAAGCCAGGCCCCUUCCUGCUGUCUGGCUCCAGAGACAAAACCAUCAAGAUGUGGGAUGUUAGCAUUGGCAUGUGCCUUAUGACACUGGUUGGCCAUGACAACUGGGUGCGUGGCAUCCUUUUCCACCCUGGAGGCAAGUUUAUUGUGACCUGUGCAGAUGAUAAAACCUUAAGGAUCUGGGACUACAAGAACAAGCGCUGCAUGAAAACCCUGUGUGCCCACGAACACUUUGUUACCUCUCUGGAUUUCCACAAGGCUGCUCCCUACGUGGUCACUGGGAGCGUAGAUCAAACAGUAAAAGUGUGGGAGUGCCGCUGAUUUGGACCUUGGAGGAUUGGACCACCACCCCAAUUACCCAGGCGCUCCUCUGGAUCCCACCUUCCCCUCCUGCCAUCCCAACCUUUCCUUUCAUCCCACCUCCCCUCCCCUCCCCUCACGUAACCUAACCUAACCUAACCUAACCUAAACCUCACCCGCACAUCAUCAUCUCCUCCGGCUGCACUUACCACCAUGGUUAUUUACCCAUCGCUCUCUCUGGUCCAAUAACUAUUGUCCUUCUAUGUAAAUUAUUCCUGGAUGUAGAUCGAGCUAUUAAAUGUUACACAAAAAAGUAUUCUUGCAUGGUAAUCCAAAAUUGUAUACUGUAAAUUUACAUAACGUCUAGAAGUACCAUAGGUUUACCACGGGGCUGGCCGUCUGUCACGCAGCCUUACCGACCAACCGAAGGCAGAUGUUUUUGACUGGGUGUAAAAUGUAGGGCACUAAAAACCAAUAAUUUAAGAAAUGACAGUGUCUUUAUGUGUAAGAUUUAUUUUUGUCUAUUUUUUUAUUUAGGAUUUUUUUUUUUUCUUCUCUCUUUGUUAUUUCUCUCCUUCACUGUCGUAGUCUGUUGGUGCCUAGCUUGGUGAAACUUUCAAGAGAUAAGGCAGGAAAAAGCAUAUAUGAUGCGAUAAGAUACGAUUGUCUGUGGGGCUUUGUUAUUGAAAUAAUCUGUAGCUUUAUAACAUCACUUCUCAAGUGUGCAUACCAUUUCUCUUCAUGUGGAACUAGGUAAUAUUUUAAUGGCUGUAUAUACGAAUGUUUCAAACUGUUGUCCUUGGACCUUGGGGGCUUAAAAAGAGCUUUGUACUCUUGUCAUGGUGGCACGUGAACCACUGCUAGGCUUUAGAUAAAUUAUCCCAUUUAAUGAAUCUGCAGAGAAGAAUAAGAAGUUGAAAUGUUUAAAAGUGGCUGAACGUGAAUAAACCGCACUGAGUUCGUUCACAAGAAGCCCAAAAAGUAGAGAGCAAGAUUGUUUGGCUUUCACUGUCAGUGAGCGUCCUGGGUCACAGCAGCACCUGAGCAGAGUUCAGGGAUUACACCUGUUUAAUCUCUAGCACUUGAUAAAGACCUUGGGUGUGUCUCCCUUUAGUAGACGAUUUCCUGUGACCUUGCAUGUCAGACUUUAGUUGAACCGAGGCCUCUGUCCACUUAUAGUGCCCUGACCAGUCAGUCUUGGCAGGGUUUUGGUGUACCAUAGGAAUUGUGUGAAGUCGGGAGAUGCUCAGUUGUCCCAUGGUGCCUCUGAAGGCUUCACACACACGCAAGACGAGUGUGACAUAAACCCGCUAAAAAGAAAACAAUAGGCAUGAUGAGGAGUCAAAGUGAGCCCCCUGGGUUUGAUAUCUGGGAUGUGCAAAGAUCUCUAAUUUCUGAGGGGUGAAAUAUGUUCUGCUUAAUAAAAAUGGUUUUGAGUAAAAAAAAAUAAUAAAAAAAAUCAGUUUUCUGUGAAAAUAUGAAAUGUAAAUUUAGCUUGUUAAGAGAUUUGGCAAUUUUGUAUUAUCGCACUAAAGGAUGAACUGGAUGGGAAUUUAGGAUUAGUGAGGAAACGCUAGCAGCAGACAUGUGCUAAGUGAUCUGUUGAUGCUGUUCUGUCUGUAGAGGGGUCUGUAUGCGGAGGUCGCGUUGUUUUGUUUGUGAAGAGCUCCUCACUGUGAAGAGAGGCAGGGGCAGCUCCUGGAUCACAUUUGGAGGAGAAUGCUGAAGCCUGAGCAGCGAGGAUCUCUACAGACAAACCCCCCCCUCCCCCCCUCUUCCUCACGCAGACCUCCUCAUAUGUAUGCAAACGUCUUCUGAGUGGCUUUCCUCAAACUGUAAAAACAGGACAUGAUUUUUGGAAAGACUGGAAAAUAACUACACCAGUCCACGCUGUAGAAACAACCAUUCCACUCCCAUUGGAGGACAGAAUAAAAAUGAAACAUCUUGCUUCUAAGUGUAGCUGACAAGGUGGUUCAUUAAUCUUGCACAUCCCUGUUUUCACUAAAUCUUUGGUCCUUUUUACUGGUGAUCAAAGACAACAUUAACAUUUAAUGAUGUUGAUAAAUGCAUAAACCUAUAAUUUCUGAUUAGCCUUUUCAUUCCAAUACAGUUCUUCGGCUAAUAAAGAAUUCCACUGCUUAACUGAUCCUUCUUAUCUUCGCUUCUUUGCCACGUUUUCUUUCUUCCUCUUCCUGUGUGUACUGGAUGUGGUGAUCUGCUGCUCAAGCUCCUGCUAGUGUAGCUACUGUGAGCCUAAUGUGACCUGUUGAUGUAGCACUGCUGCAUGUAACCCUGCACCAGAGGCAGAGCUGUCGGAACAAUACUCUGUUAUAAGAUUAAAUACUGGAGCCUUCCUUAUCGAGAGGGCAAUUGGUUUGAAUAAUGGAGGCGAGAGAAGGAACUAUUUGCUUUCUAGCUGAGAGUUGGAUGGGAUUAUCGAUAGUAUUACUCUUAUAUUUGUGUUUAUAUGAAGCUACAGCCGCUUAGCUUAGCAUAAAGACUGGAAACGGUGGGAAACUGCUAGCCGGUCAGCUAGUCAUUGCGACGGUAACAAAGUCCGUCAAUCAACACCAAUAAAACUAAUAAUCGAUACUUUGUAUGUCGUUUGUUUAUUCCGUAAAAACAUAAGUAUAAGAUCGAUAUGCCGUUUUAAUAAGGGUUGUGUGCGGUAGUAACUUGUAUCCAGUGGUUGCCUGGCAACAGAAGCGCAAUUAUUUGUGAAGACACUUGGUUUUUAUGUAAAGUCUUCACGGUAAAAUGUUUAGAAAAUGAUUAAUAAAUAAAGAUUAUUCCCUGUUAAAUUAUAACAUUUACUAAAAAAAAAAAAAAAAACUUUUGUUAAAGAGAUGAUUGACUUAAUUUCGUCGUUUCCAUGGCAACUGUUUGCAUUCCAGCUAUGUGACAGAAGCAUUGACAUAAAAACAAUAUAUUAUUUUAUCAAUAAUUUUAUAUAUAUUUAACGUCUCAAUGCUAAGCUAACUGGCUGCUGGCCUCAGCUACACAAACUUGAGUGUUAUCAAUCUUCUCAUCUAACUUGUGUAAAGAAAGCAAACAAGCGCAUUUCCCAAAAUAUCAAGCCUAUUGCUUUUACAUUGCUGUGUCCUUUGUUGGUUGGCUGGUGCGUUCAGACAGCUCUGUUCAUUGGUUGUAGAAAGGCUGGUUUUGUGGUGUGUGUGAUGCUAUUUGAAGGAGGUUUACGUCCUCCUUCUUCUGUAAAUGCAUUGGGAUUGUGGCAGACUAGGAUGUCCCAAAGGAGAAAAACCCCUCUCUCUUUCAGGGAAUAUUACUCUUGUCUCCCUUUGGUGUGUGCCCCCUUUACAAAGGUCUUAUUUUUAUUUUUUAUUUUCUACAAGCUGUCUUCUCUAUCCUGACUUCUGAGGCAAAGACUUUGGGUGGAGAAUCAGCUAAUUUUGUAGUACAAUUUGGCAUGGCUAAUGAAGAUGCCAAUGUGUUAAAUGUUUUAGCUGAAGCCAAAAAAAUGGAGACAUUUGUCAGUACAAUCUGGCUCGAUAAACCAGCCUCCUUUUGUUGGUCCAACACUGUGUUGCCAACUGAAAAUGAUGCUAUAGUCUCUUCAGGAUCACGCUAUGACAUGCCAGACCAUAAAAUGUAAAUUAAAAAACAUCUUCCCUUCCUUGGUUUUACUCAAGGAAGGUCGAUUAAUCAAAGGUCAGGACGAUGUGUGUUCUGUUUCUUUUGUAAGAAUCGGUGGAAAAAGCUACAACGCAGUCGCUGGUGUUGUAUGCAAGUGUGUGCCCUGUCGAAGAAAAAAAUAAAAAUCCCCUUUUGCCAUUUGCAGGUCCCAAGCAAUCCCUGUGCUCCUCUGGUCUGGUGUGUGAAGGGACCGACAGACACGUUAUGACUGUCUGUGGGUCGUUUCCUCAGGCCUCAAGUCCACCUGUCCUCUGUAAACCUGCCCAUGAAACCACAUCAGAGGGCUUCAGACUGCACAACAAGCUCCUACAGGAGAGCUUGUGAUGUUUUCGCCACUAUGGUCUCACUCUUCACUCAGCAAACUGUUAACAAUAUACCUGGAUGUCAUUAUUGUUUGCGAUAUAAUAAAAGAAGAAAAUCUG